AUGGCACCCAAAAAAUUCAACAAUAAAAACAAGGAACCAAAGACUCCUAUUACCAACGAUCCUCGGUUUUCCAGUGUUCAUAAUGAUCCUCGUUUCUUGAGACCCAAGAAGAAGGAUAUGAAGGUCACCAUUGACAAGCGUUUUGCUGGAAUGAUGGAAUCCAAAGACUUCAGUGAUGGACCUCGAGUUGACAAGUAUGGCCGCCGCUUGCAACAAGGAAGCGCCAAGAAAGAGUUAGAACGUUUCUACCAGUUGGAAGAGUCAGACGAUGACAGUGAGGAUGAAGAUAAAAGCUUGGAGCAAUUGGAGAAGGAGCUUGCUGAAGAUCCUGAUAAUUUGGCUGACGAAGAAUCCGAGAGCGAAUCUAGCGAGGAAGAAGCAGAGGCAGGCGAGAAAGCUGGAUACGAUAUUAUGCGUGGCCGUGGUGAUAUUUCAUCGUCUGAUGAUGAUACCUCAGAUGAAUCUGAUGCAGAAAGCGAUGUCGAGAGCGAACUGGAUGAGAUUGACCGCAUCAAGCACAUUCAAGAAGGUGAAGAAACCAGUCGUCUGGCUUUGGUCAACAUGGAUUGGGACAAGAUCAAAGCUGUGGAUAUUUUGAAGGUAUUGGGCGGCUUUAAGCCUGAUACUGGUAUAAUCAAGAGCGUCACCAUCUAUCCCUCUGAAUUCGGUAAAGAGCGCUUGGCUUUGGAAGAAACCCAGGGUCCUCCUCAAGAAAUCUUCAAGAGCAACAAGAAGAAGGACGACAGCGACGAUGAUUCUGACGACUCUGACGAAGAGAUUACUGCUGAAACCAUCAUCAAAAAUCAACUAGAGGAAGGCGAUGGCCAAGAUUUCGAUCAAGAAGCUUUGCGUAAAUACCAAUUGGACAGACUCAAGUAUUACUAUGCUGUUAUCGAGUGCGACAAUCCUCAAACUGCCAAGGUCAUCUACAAGACUUGCGAUAAUACCGAGUAUGAAAGCAGUGCAAACUUUUUCGAUCUGCGUUAUAUACCCGAAGACAUGACAUUUGAUGAUGAACCCAAGGACACCGCUACCAGUGCUCCUGAAGGUUAUCAGCCCACCAAAUUCAAGACUGAUGCUCUUCAACGUACCAAAGUAAGCCUGACCUGGGACGAGGAUGAUGUUGAUCGUUUCCAAUUGACUCGCAGAGAUUUCACCCAAGAUGAUGUCAAGGAUCUUGAUUUUGACAUAUAUCUUGCCUCCUCUGACGACGAAGAGGAUGAGGAAGAAGACGUUGAUGCCUUGCGCGAGAAAUACAGAAAGCUACUGGGAAGUAACAAAACGCAAUCUGCCUAUGAGGACAAAGUGGACGAAGAAGAGGAUGAUGGCGACAUGGAAAUCACAUUUACUCCUGGUUUGAGUGAAGCCGCUGGUGCUCUUGUCAUCAAGAAGAGCGAAGACGAACCCAAGGAAGAGACGUCCAUUGAAACAUACAUGCGCAAACAAAAGGAAAAGAGACAAGCCAAGAAGGCAGCUAAACACAAGGAAGCGAAAUCUGACCAAGAGGAUGGAGAUUCUGAUAUGGAUGCUGAAACCAAGAACGAUCCUUUCUUCAAGGAAGCAAUGGAGGAGAUGGCUGAUGAGGGUUUCGUCGCCAAGAAGAAGGAGUCAAAGAAUGCCAAAAAGAAGAGAGCAUCCAAGCAAGAGCGUGAGGAGAAGGCCCGUGAAAGAGCUGAGCUCGAAUUACUCAUGGAUGAUGGUGGCAAGAGUGAAGGUUUCAACAUGAAGGAGGUGUUGAAGAGAGAGAAAUUAGAAAAGAAAAAGAAGGGAAAGAAGUCCAAGAAGAAUGCUGAUUUGGGAGAAGAUGAUUUCGAGAUCAAUGUCAGCGAUCCCCGUUUCUCUGCGGUUCAAGAAUCACAUCAUUUCGCCAUUGAUCCCACCAACCCUCAAUUCAAAAAGACAAAGAGCAUGCAGAAAUUACUGAAUGCCAGACAAACAAAGAUGAAGGAAGCAACAGAAACAGUGAACGACCAGUGGAAAAAGGAGAAAAAAUCCAAAUCUGACAGCACAUCGACAUCUGCUCAAGACAAAACAUCCAAAUCAUCUCUUCAAUCACUGGUUGCUUCUGUGAAACGUAAAGCUAAUUUAGAUAAAUCAAAUUCUGGCAAACGUCAGAAGAAAUAA